UAUGACGGACACUCAUCUCAUGUAGAUUUAAAAUUAGUUGAAAUUGCUAGAAACAACAAUGUUACAAUUAUAUUGUUGCCACCACAUUCAAGUCACUUGUUACAACCAAUGGACUUAUCAGUUUUUAAAUCAAUUAAAACAGUAUGGGAUCAACGAUUAUGUUCAUGGAACCGAAGUCAUCAAGGUCAAAAACUUCCCAAACAAGAUCUCUCGAGAAUUAUAUGCAGUAUUUGGGCACAAUUAGACACAAAAAUAAUAGAAAAUGGGUUUAGAAAAGCAGGGAUUUAUCCCUUUAACCGAAAUGCAGUUGAUAAAUCUAAAUUUGACCCUAUAAGUCUAAGUAGGUGGGAAGUUAGUAACACCCAAGAAAAUAACCAAACUACUGAUGAUCAAACUUCAACAACCGAAAUGUAUAAUGACUUAGUUAUCUAUAAUGAAGCUUCAACAUCAACAUGUAUUGCCAGCAAUAACAAUUUCAACUCAAAUCAAGCUUCAACGUCAACUGAAAAAAAUGCAGAAACAGAAAUAUUAAAUAAUAGUAAAUCGUUUGAGGAGCUAUUAUUGAUUUCUAUGAAGCAAGUUGCCGUAGAGAAAACUACCAGAAAGCAGGUAACUAGCGGAGCUACAGUUAUUACUUCUGAAGAAGUUAUAAAUAUUUUAAAAGCAAAAGAACAAGAAAAGGACAAACCAAAAAACAACAAGAAAAAAAAACAGUCUGAAGAAGUUGUAAAUGAAGAAGAGAUUCAAGACGUUAUAGAUAUAAAUUUGAAUCAACCUAAUGAAAACUUAAAUAUAAGUUUUGUCAGUGGAGUGUCUGAAAUCAGUGAUUUAUUAAAUGAAUUGGAAAGAGAAGAAGAGGAUUUAGCAGAAGAAGGAUAUAUGUUUCGCACAAAAAAUUGUGUUGAUGAUUGGGUUUUAAUUAAAUAUAAGCUUGAAGGAAAAUCUGCAAAAUCAUUACAUUAUGUAGGUAUUAUAAAAGAAGUCUUUGAUGGUAAGCAUAAAAUAAAAUUUGUCAAACUGAAGUCUGAGAAUAAACAUUCUACUACUUUUGUAUAUCCUAUUGCCGAUGAUAUAGAUGAAGUUUCAGAAUCUGAUAUUAUAUGUAGUCUACCAAAACCAACAAUUGGAAGAAGGGGUCAACUCGUUUUUGGAAUCACUUUCAGUCAAUAUAAUCUGAAAAAGUAACUUAAA